AUAUUGAUAAGGAAAACAAUAGUGCGCCACUGUACUUUUUAAUUAUCGCUUAUACUUUUCAAAUUCCUUGUUCACCUAUGUAUAUUCCCAGGAUAUUCCCGCAAUGUUAUGUAUAUUUUUUGAACAUUCUGGGAUAUUCAUAGAGUAUCAAAUGCUAUCUGGGUAUGGGACCGUUAUCGCCACCUACGCUUACUUCGUACUUACUAAAGAGGAAUAUAUUUUAAACGAUGUAAAAAAUAGGCAACAACUUUUAAUUAUGCACAAAAAAGCUAAAAAGCUGGGAGCAGACCUUGCUAAGUAUAACCAAUGGCAAUCCGAAAUUCACAAAAUCGAAUACAAAUUAAAUAAGCUUAGAAAUCCUCUUAAACUUCACUUACCCAAGAAAUCACCAAGUGUUGUUGAGGAUAAACCGAUAACACAACCGGAUAUUCAAAAACCUGCAACUAAUGUGGAACAACCGACAAAGAAAACUGAUGUUGAGCAAUGAUUACUGUUGGUUGAAGGAAGUUGUUGAACGACUUUUUUCUAAUAUUUAUUUUUAAUUUUUAGGCAACCCAUUAUUUCAAUACCUACUUUCCUUCAUUUCAUCGCUUUAGUAGGCAACUUAAUUUGUUCCCAUAAUAGAACAUUUUAAAGUGGUAAAUUUCCUCAAGACUUGAAUACUUAUUUAAGGAAAUACGCCGAAUUCACAAUUUAUACUGCCUUUAGAUUAAUUUACUCAAGAAAAGCUGAUAUUAAAGUAGUACACCGAUGUUGAGCAUAGUUGGCUAAGUACAUACUUGCAUACUUCACCAAUUAAAAGCUGAAUCUCCUCAAGGAAAAAUAAUGGCAUGAAUACAUAUUCGUUAACUACACCUCGCCCAAAGUAAUUGUUUGUAAAUACCUUAAAUAUUAUAAAAUGUGUUUA